AUGAAGCACAUCCCGGUUCUCGAGGACGGGCCGUGGAAGACCGUGUGCGUGAAGGAGCUGAACGGCCUCAAGAAGCUCAAGCGGAAAGGCAAGGAGCCGGCGCGGCGCGCGAACGGCUAUAAAACUUUCCGAUUGGACUUGGAAGCGCCCGAGCCCCGCGCCACCGCCACCAACGGGCUGCACGACAGGACCCAGAGGCUGCAGCCGGUUGCGGCCCCGGUGGCAGCCCCGGUGGCGCCGGCUGUUCCCUCAGGUGGGGGCGCGGACCCGGCCGGAGAGCGCCGGGGCGCCCGGGCGCCGGAGGUUUCCGACGCGCGGAAACGCGGCUUCGCCCUGGGUGCAGUGGGGCCGGGACUCCCCACGCCGCCGCCGCCGCCGCCGCCACCGCCACCGCCGCCUCCGGCGCCCCAGGGCCGAGUACCCGGGGGUCCCGAGGCGCAGCCUUUCCGGGAGCCCGGCCUUCGUCCCCGUAUCUUGCUGUGCGCACCGCCUGCACGCCCCACGCCGUCGGCGCCCCCUGCGCCCCCGGAGUCUUCCGUGCGCCCCGCGCCCCCCACGCGUCCCGGGGAAAGUUCUUACUCGUCAAUUUCACACGUAAUUUACAAUAACCACCCGGAUUCCUCCGCGUCGCCUAGGAAACGGCCGGGCGAAGCGACCACCGCUGCCUCGGAGAUCAAAGCCCUGCAGCAGACCCGGAGGCUCCUAGCGAACGCCAGGGAGCGGACGCGGGUGCACACGAUCAGUGCAGCCUUCGAGGCGCUCAGGAAGCAGGUGCCGUGUUACUCCUAUGGGCAGAAGCUGUCCAAACUGGCCAUCCUGAGGAUCGCCUGUAACUACAUCCUGUCCCUGGCGCGGCUGGCUGACCUCGACUACAGUGCCGACCACAGCAACCUCAGCUUCUCUGAGUGUGUGCAGCGCUGCACCCGCACCCUGCAGGCUGAGGGACGCGCCAAGAAACGCAAGGAGUGACUGGCCCCAGGCUAGGCCAAGGAUGCUGCUGUGGGCCCUCUUUCUGGUCAAGCCCGAGGAGAAGGUGAGCUCUCCAAAUCCAGCCUUGUCUUCUCCUCCAAGAUGCCACCAGAUGCUCAGACCACUGCCUCUCAGGGUGAGGCAGGGGCACAUCGGCCUCCCUCUCACCCUCCUGUCCCCCCUCAGCCACUCUGGUGACUCCGCACUUUGCCCUCUGCCUGGUGGGGAGGGGAGAGCAAAGCCUCCCCCUUGCCCAGGGCUGCAGAAAUUCAUUGCCAAAGAUUCCACGGAGACGCUGAACAAACUGUGGCGAUAACAGCCCACAGUGAGAAGCCACACCAUUGCUCUAUGACUUUUGCUCCUCCUACUGCCAAAGCCGUCCCAAGCCAAAGACGAGUCAGCAAUCCCACUGGAAACUCAUGGAAGGGAUGGGCAUUUGGUGACCAUGGAAGUGCUCAACCCUCUGACCUGGAACUCUCUUUCUUUGUACAUUGGGCCCUGAGCUGGCUGGGUACAAGAUAAACUUUCUGGGGGCGGCGAGAGAGGGCUGGGGGUGCUUGCGUGGAGUGGGGUAUGAGGUCCUGGCCCUCUUCUUGCCCUCCCACUGGCUGCCCAGGCCUCUGACCCUGGUUCUGACCUCUGACCAAGGUCCAGGCUCCUUGGGCCCUGAGCGUCGAGGCAAGGGAGGGAGGGGGUGGAAAGAAGCAAUAUUGACCAUCCUGUACCCUACCCCAGGGACUUGCCCCACCAGGGUCACCUAAAGGGUCUUUGUUCCCCAGCCAGCCCAGCCAGCCACUCCUUGCCUGUGGCCCACCCUCCUGGCUGGGAAGACAAGAUGGCUCGCUGCAUGAAGGCCAGUAGUCUGUUCCCAGUUAUGCAGAGGGGCAGAGGGGAAGAAGGGACCAGGGGAAUGGGUCAGUAAGUCGGGGAAGGUGCGGCGGUGGGGGGCAUGCUCAAAGCCAAGGCCUGUUCCUUCCUUGUGCUCAAAAGGCCAAAGCUGUUCACAUCUGUGCUCAACCAUCUGCUUCAAAUUGAAGUAAAAGCCCCAACAUGUAAAG